CAACGAAGCUAAACGCUCAAUAUAAAGCAGUGAGGAGGUCAAACAUUUUUCAUCGUUCACCUCUUUUCUUCUUUUACUUAUCAAGAGAGAUGGUUCUAACCGGUAAGCUGGUUAAACAAGUUGCAAUCAGACUAGAUGGGGAUCUCUUUUAUGAAAUAUAUAAAUAUAAACAACACCGUAUAUCUGAAAUGAGUCCUGGUAGCAUAAAAGGUGUUGAUUUGCAUGAUGGUGAAUGGGGUGUCGUUGGAUCAGUCAUCGUUUGGAACUUUAUCCAUGAUGGUAAGGAAAAAGUGGUUAAAGAAGUGAUUCAAGCGAUCGAUGAUGGUAGAAGAUCGUUGUGUUUCAAGGUGAUUGGGGGCGAUUUAAUGCAGGCUUACAAGACCUUCUUGGUAACAAUACACGUGGACACUAUGGGAGAAGAGAACUUGGUAACUUGGAUUUUCGACUAUGAGAAACUCAAAGAAAAUGUUGAAGACCCACACACUUUGAUGGAUUUAUGCCUUAGUGUCACCAAAGAUAUUGAGAACAGUCACAUCGUUAACUCAAAUUAAAUCUCAUAUAAGUAUAUAUAUACAAUUUCUGAGAGUAAACAUCGUUGGAUCUUUUGUGUUUUUUUCACUGUAUAUAUGCUUUAUUUCUUGUGUGUCACCUACUCAACUACAAAUAAUCUUUGUAUCCUAGUGCACAAUUAUAUCAAUAAAACGAGUUUGUAAUAUAAUUCUAGGAAAGUCGAAUUGUAACCGGGAAUUCCUU